CACGUUUUCAGUGUCUCGCUGCUUCGCCAUCAACUUGGGGCGCGAGACCAUCUCAUUCACCUGAAUUCUCCCUUUGAUCUCUGCUCCUCCAUAAGGUAGCUCACUACUGGCAACUGUUGGAGCGCAGCUAGCCUAAGCUGUCAACGAUUCAAUGAAAUAGGGGUCAUGAUUCGUGCCCAGUUCUCAGGAUCAGGAAUGUCAACCAGACACGUGCUCUUGGCAUCAAAACCCUUACUGUCACCAGGAUGCCAGUUAUUUUUGUUUUCUUGCACGAGACGAGGUCAAUAUCUUUGUCAUCAUGCAGCCACAUACAUGAUAAGCUUGAUAUCAGCCCGUCAGCACUACCACCGCGGGAAGCGCCAAAUGGAAUAUGGGGUAAAGUUGUUGACCCGCAAGAUCUAGACCCCCGCGUUCCUGCAUAUCACCACCAAAAGAGAAAAGAGCGACAUGCCUCAGAACCUUAGCAUGUUGUGUUCCUCCAGAGCAAACCCAACGUUAUGGCCCAAGUUUAUUUUGGUACCCGGAAACAUUCUGCAACAAAGAGAGAAAGAGCACCUCGGCAUAUGUCUGGAAAGGUGAUCAAGAAACCAACACCGUUGUGGACUUGCCAACAGUGAGCUCGCCCUGAUGCCCUCAGCCAACCCCCCGGACAUGAUCCCGGCCCGAGAGGGGAGUUCCGACCAGUGUAAAAGCACCCCUCGAUUGGUUGCUUGGCUCAUUCCAGAGGACGGUUGACUGCAUGCAGAGAGAGGGCGGCGGCCCCACUACUUCCGCCGCGAUCCGGACCUCCGGUACAAACCCCCGAGCCCCGACACCGGCGAGAAAAUGGGGCUUGAUCUGGCAUAUCUCGGGUACGAGCGGGCGGAUUUCUGCCCGAAGUUAUCGCUGGAGUUAUUAUAAUGCUGAGGAUUCCCAACGUUGAGCGCUCUUCGUCGACCCGCCCUGUCAUGGUGCUUGGCCCAACUGGUGAAUAUGAUCUUGAGAUUUUUCCUGGGCGAACAACUGCGGCCGGCUUUUAUUUCACAUAUUACUAAACACUUGAUCAGGUCUUUUGCAAGUAAGCGUUUUGCAACGAGGUUGUACCACCUUGGACGUCCCCCUCACCAGAGUGGGCGGCUCGCUCCAUCCCGCACCCGCACCUGGGCUUCCCCAAAAGGGACUCUUGGGGUGGUGGGAAUUGUGAUGUUCUGCAGCAGGUCGCAUUAGCAUGUGGAGGGCGGGCCAAUAGCACGGCCUAGCUGAGGUCAACACCCAUUCAGCUGGUGUGCCAGCGACAGCCUUACCAUUCUCGGUUGUCGUACAUAACACCAUCCUCGUUCCAGGUGCUUGGAGACCCGAGCCCGCCAUCCGUUACAAAAGAAAACCUUUGUGUGAAACUGCUUGCACCUGUCAGUUCUAGACCACGUUUCCCAAGAGCCUUCUAUCGCAUUCCAAAAACUCCAGAACGUUUUGUGCAAUUUCACCUGCAGGCACAGCCGGCCACGUCCAGCAGCACUAACCACACACAGAUAUGGAUAUCGACGAACUAGGCUUCCAACAUUCAGCUGAAGGAUUGCAUGGACCUUUUGAGAUAUCCUCGCUUGUGAUAUUGGAGCCAAAGGAUGUUUCAAGAUGAAGCUUCAGCUUCAAUGUCGCGAGGCACUUCCGAUUUCUUCUCCGCGCAAGCGCUCUCCAGCGUACGCCACUAUUGGACGAGACCUUCAAUCGAUCACGAAACAGUUUAGUCCAGAAGGAAAGAGGCUUGCGUCGCUUCUCCAUCAAGUUGUUGACGACAACAAAAGGAGGCACCUCAGUUGACGAUUGGGCUUGGCGUCGCCAGGAAGGGAGUAUAAGAUGGACGUGGUGAUCGUCUCAGACGACGAACACUCACCGCAUCACUUCUCACAUCAUCAAAACUCGUUCACACAUCAAACCAAAAUGUCUUCUGAACCCUAUCUCGCCGUGGCUGCCACCUGGGAAAUUCCUUACGCCCAUACCCAGGUGACACCAGAGUCUUUCUUCUCCACUGAUGACACGUCCGAGUCGGUAUUUGACCCAGACCACCGCUCUCUGGUCGAUGACAACGAUAUCCGGGAUGGCGGAAAAUAUCGCUCCAUCGUCAAGCUUCAGAUGCGCUAUGAAGGCCAGCAGCCUGGUGAUAAGUCCUACGCCAUGGGUACCGGUUGGCUCAUCGCCCCAGACCUCUUGGUGACUGCCGGCCACAAUGUCUUCGACUGGUCUGGUUAUGGCAGAGGCCUCGGCAAGGCCGUCGACAUCAAGGCUUACAUCGGCUACCACGGACGUUCCAGCAUCAACUCUCCUAUCGUGCAGUUUCGCUCAGGCAAAGUCGUCGUCACCAACGCCCAGUGGGUUGUCGACCGCAACAACCGCCAUGCCGACGUCGCCUUCGUCAAACUCGACAAGCCCUUCACUGGCAACCUCCGCCUCUUCACGUACAAGAACACUCCUGAGAGUGGCGAUGACAUGAUUGGUGUUGUUGGCUAUCCUGCCGACAAGACUCUCGAGGAUGCCGAUGGCCGCGAGGAGAAGGGUGCCCUUAUGUGGGAGCAGUUCACCAGCACCACUUACGUCCUUGACUCGGCCAAGAACAGGGGAAGGGGCAUGCUCAAGUACCGGAUUUCGACCUUUGGCGGUCAAUCUGGUGCUCCUGUUAUCCGCAAGGGUUCCAAGCAAGCUGUCAUCGGUACUCACGUCUACGGUGGCGGCGACAAGAACUCGGCCAGUGUCAUAGGCCCGCUCGGCAAUGACUACGAGGGUAUGCUCAAGGUCUUCGACGGCAACCUCCCACCCUGGGGUGAGCACCAGGGCAUCAAGCUUGUCAAAUACGGCUACUCCACCACCUCCCCCGGCGCCAGUCCCACGACCCAACCUGCUCCUCGCACCGGUUACACCUCCGCUCCAGCUCCUGGACCCCUUGACGCUGAGGGCUUCUUUGACGACCUCAAGAAGGUUGCCAAAUUUGUGCAGGGCAACGUGGGCCCUGCCGCCCCUGUUUACCUCCAGCCGUUCUUGGGCGGCGUCCACGGCGCCAUCGCUCACGCCAUCCUCGGUGUCAUCAAUCAGGCCACUGAAUCUGCCUUGACUGAUGUAAGCGCUGUGCUGCAAGGCACACUCGAGCGUGGCAUCCUCGCCGAGGCUGCCCUCCAAUCCAUCUUGAAGCUAGAGGACAACCCCAUCACCCGCAAGAUCCUGCAAGAAAUGUCCUCGAUCUGGAGCACCCACUACUGCUCCAUCAACUUUGACCCCAUCAUCUGCCGCCUCGGCCCCGCCCUCCCCCUGACCGCGAACAAGAUCCUCAGCUCGACCGAGUACACCCAAACUACCGCCACCGGCGAGGUCAAGCUCAAAACCGUCCCCUUCGCUGCUACCUCCAACGGCCCAGCCACCAACGGUCAACAAGCCGAGCUCUUCGGCCUCUUCCCCGGCAUCACCAUCGGCAUCGAACUGGGCAAAUUCCUCGUUGACACUAUCAGGAACCGUGCCGAGUCCUACCGCGCCGAGGGCUGGUUCGACGACCUCGGAAAGGUCAUCGUCCGCGCCGUUGAGCGCGAGCCCCUUUACCAGCUCACAAAGAAGAUUGUCGAGCACGUUUCCGAGUCUUCCUUCUCGACCCAAUCCCUCUCCCCAGCCGACCGUGAAGCUGCCAUCCUUGUGGCCAAGCGGGCCGUCUUUGGCGAGACCGCCCUCCAGGCCUUGUCCAAGCUUUCCAGCUCGGAGCUGCAGCAGAUUAAGAUGUCGGUCCCGGAGGGGCAGGGCCAUGAGGAGUCGUUUGGGGAUUUCCUCGGCGGUCUCGUGAGGGAUAUUGGCGGGGUGGUCAGCCAGGUUGCGCCCGUGGUGGUGGGGACCGUGCUCCCCUUCCCGCUUAGGGUCGCUGGUGCGGCUGAGAGCGGUGGGAUGCUGGGUGUUCCUGCCCAGCCCCCCCUUAGAAAGAAGUCGAGUGUGUUGGAUUUGAUCCAUGGUGAUGGGUUGAGCAACGGGCUUUUGCAGACUCGGAUUUCUGCCUGAACCACCUAGCACGGCCCGGUGGGAUUUUUCUUGUCUCGUUGCUAUUUAAAGAAAACCAAGAUGGAUAGAUGGUACAAGUCUAACUGAGUGUUCAAAAGGUGUCAGUUAUCGGUCUUCAGAUUGGUGUGCUUUGCUUGGCUGCGUUCACUUCUUUUCCUGGCGAGGACGGGUUGUGAAAGGCAGGACAGAGAACGUAGUAUUAAUGAAUCUGGUUGUUCCA